GAAGCCACCUGUGCCAUCGCCCGCCAGGCAUGGGAGCACAGUCUCCCACCCUCAGACCACCGCCCCCCACCCUUUCCGCCUCCUCUCCAGCCAUGCCCAGCCUUCUCAUUUGACCUCCUCCACCGCCUGGAUGUGGGUUUCCAGCAGGGCGCGUGGUCCCUUCUCGGGGAGGGGGCCCAAGGCCCAGGGUCCCCAGUCACCAGGGUCCAAUCUGGCUUCCUACUUCCCAGGCCACUUGGCCUCUACUCCCAGCAAGAAACUUCUCCCGCUAGAGAAAGGCGGCUCAGAUUGCCGCAAGGGGCAGGAAAUAAGAGGCCCACGGCACGGGUCCUGAUGGGAACCAGGGAGCUCCUUUCUUGGGGGUCAAGCGACGCUGAGCGGAGGACGGGGGCUCCGAGCUCCCUGAGCUUGGCAGCUUGGCCGGUCGGAGACCGCAGGUGCCGCUGCCCUGACCCGCACUCCCGCGGCGCGCUCCACCCGCCGGACGCCGGCACCGGGGACUCAGAGAGCAGAGCCGGGCGGGCCACAGCCUCCAGUCCCCGCGCCCGGCUCGGCAGCACACAAGCUAGGAAUCAGUUGGCAUCCACACCCCCCUCCUGCUGGGACCGGAGCUGCCCCAACCCGCGGCCACCGCGCCCCGAGCCCGCUCCAACUCGGAAAGUGGUGGGCGGCCGCCGGGAAGGGCGGGCGGUCCCCAGAGGUCAAAUGGAUGCAGUGUCGCCCCAGGCCUCAGACGUACAAAACCACUGUUACCCAGUAGCAUUUUCCAAGGGCUCAGAGGUCAUCUCGCUGGAGGAGUCAAGAGCCAGCCCUUUCUUUGGAAUGUGCAAGCCUCCAUGCAUGGAGCUGAGCCACCAAGGCCGGGGCUGCUGGCCUGUGCAGGCUUCAUGGCGUGGAGUCAGCCUGGCUCCCGCCAUCUACACUUGGGUGACCUUGGCCAAGUAUCCUAACCUUGCCGAAUCUCCUCUUUUCUCAAGUGGAUCUAAUGGACACAGCUGUGAGGAGUUGAUGAAGAAACAGAACCACAGAAGUGCGACAAAUGGCUCAACUCCUCUUCCUCACCCUAUACAGUGGUUGUCUGUGGGCAGGUUGCCUGUGGCCCAGGGGUUGGGGACCACAACUCCAAAAGGAACAUAGCCCUGCCUUCGUCUCAGUGGGACCCAUUUCUGACGUAGGACCUCCAGAAUUAUGGGAAAAUUCAUUUGUGUUGUUUUAAGCCACUAAUGUGGUAAUUUUUUCCCAGCCGCAAUAAAAAACUAAUAUUUUGCCCAUCCCCAGUGCCAAGGAUCACAUCUCACACUUGGCGGUCACUGAUCAGGUGGUUUUUACUUACUCUCAGGAAAGACACAUAAGGAAAAAGUACUUUUAUAUUUUGGAUUUAUAUGUCAGGGCUUAAUUGGGAGGUUGCAAGCUGGGUCAGACUUUGGUCCUGAGAUUGAGCCAUCGGCUGGGCAGGUUGGGCUGGGGGGGAUCACGGAGAAUGACACAGGGGCACUCUAGGGAAAGGGGGCCACAGGCUGGUGAGUGAGCAGAGAUGCCGGGCAGGGCAGGUAGACGUCAGCAUUCUGGGACCCCUCCCUGGCCUCAGGCCUGCUGCCUUCACAAUCGUGAGGGCCCCAGGCAUUGAGUCUCUACCUCUGCCAGGCACGGUCCUAAGCCCCCCACAAAAUCAGCCCAGCAGCCCAUCACGUAAGCACCUCCGCCCCAGGAGAGAACAGCCAGCACUCGUACACUCCUGCACUGUGUCAGGCACUGUUGCAAGAGCUGCACAUCCAGCACGUGCUAUCGUUAUACCCAUUUUACAGAUUAGGAAACUGAGGCCUAGAAUGGCAGUCACUUGCCCACUCACAUAAUCAGCAAUUGUGUCUGAGCAAAGGCAAGGUGGCUCCAGGACCUCUGUUCUUAACCAUUAUGCUCUACCUACUGCCUCUCCGGAUGAAAUAAUAAUAAUAUAUAAUAUAUAACGGCAUGAUGUUAUAAAAACAUAAUACCAAAAUAUGCCACCUUGGCAUAUUGAUUACUUUGAGCUGAAGACAACUGAGAAGAAGCAAAUACAAGAAAAACUCUCUGCCCUCUCUGUAUUUUCGUAAAAGCAGGACAUAGAUUUGUAAAGGUAUCUCCCCGUCCCUCUCGACAGGAAGGACAGAAGUUAAUCAAUAGAGAUGAGUCUGGAAGCUCAUCGGCCCAGGGAGGGCACAAGAGGAAACCUUCCUCAC